GCAGAGGUCCGCGGAGGAAGCACCCACUUCCGCCAGCGCUCCGAAUCCCGCCCCUUUCGCCGCGGCCGACCAAUUGCCGCCCGAAGGCCGAGCCGCUUCCGUCCGCGGCAGGGGAGGGCCGGAAAUGAGCGUCAGCUUUUACCUCCAGCCACCGCCUUGUCCAAGAUGGCGGACCUUCACCGCCAGCUGCAGGAGUACCUGGCGCAGGGGAAAGCGGGCGGCCAGGCGGCCGCGGAGCCGCUGCUCGCCGCGGGGAAGGCGGAGGAGCCCGGAGACGGACCGGCGGGGGCGUGGCUGGGCCGCGCGGGCCUGAGCUGGACGUGGUCGCGGAACUCGGCGGAGUCGGCAGCUGCGGGCCCGGUGUGUCUGCCGAGCGUGACGCGCGGGCAGCGACUGGCGGCGGGCGGCGGGUGCCUGCUGCUGGCGGCACUCUGCUUCGGCCUGGCCGCGCUCUACGUGCCGGUGCUGCUGCUGCGCGCGCGCAAGUUCGCGCUGCUCUGGUCGCUGGGCUCGGCGCUGGCGCUGGCGGGAGGCGCGCUGCUGCGGGGCGGCGCGGCAUGUGGGCGCCUGCUGCGCUGCGAAGAGGCGCCGUCGCGGCCCGCGCUGCUCUACGGGGCCGCGCUGGGCGCCACGCUGUUUGCCGCGCUGAGCCUGCGGAGCACGCUGCUCACGGUGCUGGGCGCGGGCGCGCAGGUGGCCGCGCUGCUGGCGGCGCUGGUCGGGCUGCUGCCCUGGGGCGGCGGCACGGCGUUGCGCCUCGCGCUGGGUCGCCUGGGCCGCGGCGCCGGCCUCUCCAAGGCUCUGCCCGUGUGAGGACUUCGCGCCCGCGCCACCUGGGAAGGACGUGGAGCCAGCGCCGGCGGAGCCCAGGACUGCACGCGGGUGCCGGGACCCCGCGGCGAAGGCCCUUCGGCGACCACCUGCGAGUCUAAGCUGGGAGUGGCUG